GCACUUGAAUUGCUUACUGGAGAACUCCCAAAGCCCUCCAGAAUGAAUGACUAUAUACUGUACUAACUGGCUAUUCUGUCUGUUGCUGGGAUCGGUGGGACCGCUCGACGUUCUCCCCGUUCCUUUUAGGAACGUUGCCAAGUCCUGGCGUCCCACUCUGAUUGGUCUGCAGCCCCGGUUUCAAUGAAUGGUUCGGGGCGUUUCCCGUGCGCCCCUUCGGGUCGUCGCACAUGGCCGAGUCGUGACAUCGCAGAGUGUCACGACGACGGCAAUUGGUUGUCCAUGGUAUUAAUUGUGUUCUGUGUUCUGUGCAAACUGUCAGAUGUUCCGGACAGCCUCCAAGGUGUCCAUCACCAGCGACAUGUGGGUCCGUCUUCGCACCCCUGGAUGAGAGUUCACGUUCCAGGAGUUGCCGGAAACGGGGGUUUCUAUCACCGGAGUGGGGCGACUGCCGCAAACGGGCUUUUAUCACCCGAAAGAGUGGGGCAAUUGCCGAAAACGGCUUUCUAUCACCCAAGAAGUGGGGCAAUUGCCGAAAACGGCUUUCUAUCACCCAAGAAGUGGGGCGAUUGCCGAAAACGGAUUUCUAUCACCCCGGGGCCCGCCGUCGCGGGCCAGCGGUCUUGGCAGCCAUCUAUCUUCAACCUCAAUCGGCACUUUGAAGAGCAAUUGCUCAACAGCCAAGACACUUAACAGAAUGAAAACACAUCGAUUGAAAAUCUCAGGUGAUUCUGGUAUAAUUGUCGUUUUUGUUAAAUAAUUCUUUGCUGAUUUGGUCUAACCCUAAGCCCCUAUAUGGUGAGGGACUC